UUUAACUCCCCUCUCUCUCUCUCUCUCUCUCUCUCUCUCUAUCUAGUACUACAUUGUUUUAUUAAUGCUCUAACUGCCAUUAAAGAGCUAUCUCCCUGCCUCUCUCUUUCUCUCGGCAACAGAUUUGCGAAAGAGACCAAGAUGCAGUACAAAAACCUGGGCCGAUCUGGUCUGAAAGUGAGUCAGCUUUCCUACGGAGCAUGGGUGAGCUUCGGAAACCAAGUCGAUGCCAAGGAGGCCAAGUCCCUGCUCCAAUGCUGCCGAGACCACGGCGUCAACUUCUUCGACAACGCUGAGGUCUACGCCAAUGGCCGUGCCGAGGAGAUCAUGGGCCAAGCCAUCCGAGAGCUGGGCUGGAAGCGGUCGGAUAUCGUGGUAUCCACCAAGAUCUUCUGGGGUGGUCCAGGUCCUAAUGAUAAGGGAUUGUCUCGUAAGCACAUAAUUGAGGGAACUAAAGCUUCCUUGAAGCGUCUCGAAAUGGAUUACGUUGAUGUCAUAUAUUGUCACCGGCCGGAUAUUUCGACUCCGAUUGAGGAGACGGUCAGGGCUAUGAAUUAUGUGAUCGAUCAUGGAUGGGCGUUCUACUGGGGUACUAGUGAGUGGUCAGCUCAACAGAUCACUGAGGCUUGGGCUGUUGCUGAAAGGUUGGAUCUUAUUGGCCCAAUUGUUGAGCAGCCGGAGUAUAACCUAUUUUCUCGGCACAAGGUUGAAUCUGAGUACCUACCUCUUUACAGCAACUACGGUCUAGGUCUUACUACAUGGAGUCCACUUGCUUCAGGGGUUCUUACUGGAAAAUAUAGCAAGGGAGUAAUUCCGUCUGAUAGUCGAUUUGCAAUAGAGAACUAUAAGAACCUUGCUAACAGAUCACUGGUUGAUGAUGUGCUGAGGAAAGUUAAUGGGUUAAAACCCAUUGCAGAUGAACUCCAUGUGCCUCUAGCUCAACUCGCAAUUGCUUGGUGUGCAUCUAAUCCUAAUGUCUCCUCAGUUAUUACCGGUGCUACAAAGGAGUCCCAAAUUCAAGAAAACAUGAAAGCUAUUGAUGUGAUUCCAUUGCUGACACCUGAAAUCAUGGAAAAAAUUGAGGCGGUUGUUCAAACUAAGCCAAAGCGUCAAGAAUCAUACAGGUGAAGGUAAGGACAUGGACCAGCCACUUUGCAUACUUCGCCAGUAUGUCCAAGCCACAAAGGUUCCAAAUUGCCGAGAAUGAGAAUUGGAGUGGUGGAGUGAUGCUUCUGUUGAUUGUGUUGUGUUUGGGAAUUUUGGUUAUUCAAGUCUGUGUCAUUAGUCCUCUCUUCAGGAGGAAGGACUGUACCGAGUCUUACUUGAUUCACCAUAGAGGAGAUUUUACCAUGUCAUAUUCUUUCAACCAUGUAAUGAUGAUAGUAUAUAAUACGUUUCAAAAUUUUCUACAA